GCCAAUGUUGUUUUCGCUGAGUCGAGGUGCUGGUGUUGUUGGCGGCGGCGCCAUAUUGGAAGGGACGCGCGCCCGCUCUCGAGCAGCCCCUGGGCGCGGGCCCGGCCGCCGCCAUGCUGUACCUGGAGGACUAUCUGGAGAUGAUCGAGCAGCUUCCCAUGGAUCUGCGCGACAGGUUCACCGAGAUGCGCGAGAUGGACCUGCAGGUGCAGAAUGCAAUGGAUCAGCUUGAGCAGAGGGUAAAUGAAUUUUUUAUGAAUGCAAAGAAAAACAAACCUGAAUGGAGAGAAGAACAAAUGACAUCAAUCAAAAAAGAUUAUUAUAAAGCUUUGGAAGAUGCAGAUGAAAAAGUGCAACUGGCUAAUCAAAUAUAUGAUCUGGUAGACCGUCACUUGAGAAAACUGGACCAGGAACUUGCUAAAUUUAAAAUGGAACUUGAAGCAGAUAAUGCUGGAAUUACAGAAAUAUUAGAGAGACGGUCUCUGGAGCUGGAUACACCAGCACAGCCUGUGAAUAACCAUCACUCCCAUUCUCACACUCCAGUAGAGAAAAGGAAACACAAUCCAUCUCACCAUAGUACAACAGAUCAUGUUCCUGAAAAGAAGUUUAAAUCUGAAGCUCUUCUAUCUACCCUGACAUCAGAUGCUUCUAAAGAAAACACACCAGGGUGUCGAAACAGUAAUUCAUCAUCUUCUUCAAACAAUGCAUACAAUACAAACUCUUCUCAACCAUUGGCAUCAUAUAACCUGGGCUCAUUAUCUUCAGGAUCCGGGGCCGGUGCAAUUACCAUGGCAGCAGCUCAAGCAGUGCAAGCCACAGCACAGAUGAAGGAGGGAAGACGAACAUCCAGUCUAAAAGCCAGCUAUGAAGCCUUUAAGAACAAUGAUUUUCAGCUUGGAAGAGAAUUCUCAUUGUCCAGAGAUUCAGCUGGAUAUUCAUCAUCAGCUCUGGCAUCGACAUUAACUCAGACGUUAAGUUCAUCAACCACAGAUUCACGAAGUGGCAGAAAAAGCAAAAGCAACAACAAAUCCUCAAGUCAGCAGUCCUCAUCAUCAUCUUCUUCUUCCUCUCUGUCAUCAUGUUCUUCUUCAUCUGCGCUGGCACAAGAACUGUCUCAGCAAACAGCAGUAAUACCAGAGUCUGAUUCUAACAGCCAGGUUGAUUGGACCUAUGAUCCAAAUGAGCCACGUUACUGUAUUUGCAAUCAGGUGUCCUAUGGUGAAAUGGUAGGCUGUGAUAACCAAGAUUGCCCAAUUGAGUGGUUCCACUAUGGAUGUGUUGGACUGACAGAAGCACCAAAAGGGAAAUGGUACUGUCCACAGUGUACAGCUGCAAUGAAGAGAAGAGGCAGUAGACAUAAAUAAGUUUGUUCAUCUGGAAAAAAAUUGCAUAAUAAAGCUUUUAUAAAGGACUUGGGAGGGGAGGGGCAACUCUCAGCACACUUCCUUGCAACCACUGAAGAGUAACAUAGCAAUCAUAGAAUGGUAUGGUUGGAAGGGACCGUAAAGAUCUUCUAGUUCCAGCCCCCAGUCAUAAGAUCUUGAACUAUUGGUUUUGAUAAGUCGUGUUUUAAUAUUGUAGGUAAAUUAUUUAUGCACCUUGAUGUGCUACAGAUACUAUUCCAGUGAGCCUUGGAUUGUUCCAGUGGCCAGCAUAUGCAGAUAUUUGUACUAUCAAACCAUUUUCUCUAAGCAGUGGGCAUUCUACAAGUACUCAAUCUUCCAAAAAUUCCGAUAAGUCAAGAUUUUAAAUGUAUGUUUUAUAUACAACAGAUAUAUUCUGCUGCAUGUACUGUACUCAAGAGCUGUUACGUAACACUAUGUAUAUUAAUAGUGCAAAAAGUCAGUGCUUCUGAAAGGAAAAAGAGACAGUGGUUUUUAAAAUGCCUUUAUAGCUUUGGUUCUUUAUGAAACUUAAUUCAGCAGGCUGAAGAAAAUGGUUCUUGUAUACAGCGGGCUGUUGUCCUUUAGGGUACUUGAGUAAGUAAAGACAAAAAAUGCUGUAGAAUACAACAAACUUGUGCCAUUAGUCUUUCUAUGUUUCUGCUCCAGAGAAGGCGGAGGCCAUAAGAAGAAAAAAAGGUGUUAAAGUGACGAUAAAUUUUUAUACCAAAUGUGUUUAUUUUUUUGUGCAAGUAAUCCUUUAAAUUUGAAUUGUAUUAGGUGUAAAAUAAAAGAACCUCAACUCCUCAGA